GGCUCCCGUCGUCAACCCCCCGGACGUCAACAACGUCGUCCCCGCGACGCCUGCGCCCGCGCCGCCGCCCGCGAAGUCGCCGGCGAAGUCGUACAUGCCCGCGCCCGUCCCGAAGAAGGUGCGUCCCAAGAAGAAGAAGAUGGUCCUCAAGGUCCCGCCUCCCCCCGUGGAGGUGCCGUGGCACGCGACCCACGAGCACAAGGCGCUCUCGCACACCGACGUCGACGUCGUCGCGCGCGUCGGCGUCCGCGUCGAGACAGAAGCCGGCUCGAUGAACGCGGCGUGCAAGGUGCGCGUCGAGACGGACCUCCCCGUGGACUCGCUGCUGUUGCACUGGGGCGUCGUCCCGAGGGGCGCGCGCCAGGAUCAGUGGGCGCUGCCGAGCCCGCAGAACCGCCCUGAGGGGACGAAGGAGUACGGCGACGGCAAGGCUGUUCAGACGGCGAUGAAGAAGGUGAGCGGCGGCCUCGCCAGCGAUUUCGGCUACGUCGAGCUCGACAUGGGCGCCGCGCCCGUGGGCCUGCGCUUCUGCCUCAAAGAGAACGGCGAUAAGAACCGCUGGUUCGACAACCGCGGCGGCGACUUUUACAUCAAGCUCCCCGAGACCACCGCGCUGAGCUCGCAGCUCUACGCGGGGGGACCGCCCGUGAGAGCGUCCGACGCCGCCGGCGUCGCCAACAUGGACGCGGCGACGAUGGCGAUGGGCAACGCCGCCGUCGCCGCGCUCGUCGGCGUCGACGUCGACGGCGCGAUCGCGGAGAUGAUGCGUAAAGCCGCGCUCGCGCUGGAGGCGGCGAAGGAUGCGCAGAAGCUGUCGAUGGAGGCGACGGAGGCGGCGCAGGAGGUGCCGGCGAACCGCGAGGCGAACACCAAGGCGCGGCGGCUCAUCGCGCAAGCCGUCAUCGCCAAGCAAAACGCGGAGGCUGCCGCGGUGGAGGCGCAGUCCGCCGCGGAUAAGGCCAAGGCGGUGCGCGACGCCAAGUUCGACGACCUCGCCAAGGUGGCGCAGGACGCCGCGAACGAAAAGGCGAACGCGGACAAGGCCAAGGCUGCCGCCGCGGAGAACGACUUGAAGCAGACGAUGGAGAUCGACGAAGAGACGCUCAAGGCGUGGCGCGACAAGUCGGAGCUCAUGCUCACGGAGCAGGCGGUGACGCGCGCGGGGGAGCUCGAGACGUUCGCGAUGGAGGCGCAGAAGCAGCGGAUCGAGGAGGUGGAGCGAGAGCGGAUCGAGAUGCAGCGGAGGGCGGAGGAGGAGAUCGCCGCGCGCGUGAAAGCCGCGGAGGAGGCGGCGGCGGCGGCGCGACUGGCGGCGGAGACGCGGCAAGAAGAGGAACGGCUCCGCGAGCGCGCGAAGAUCGAUCUCGAGAAGCAGCUGAACGCGAUCAAGGCGGACGACGCCGUCAAGGCGGACGCGGACCUGGACGUGCUCGCGUCCAUCGAGGCGAAGCUUCUGGAGCUGCAGAAGCAAGCGGACGCGGCGGCGCCGCCCGCGCCGCCGACGCCGGCGCCGACGCCGACGCCGGCGGCGCCCGCGGCGCCCAAGACGCCCAUCCCCACCGGCGUGAACAUCGCCCCCCCGAGCACGGGCGUGAACAUCGCGCCGCCGGUCGUCUACUCCGACUUCUCCUCCCUCCCUCCGGUCGCGGAGGUGCCCGAGGUGGUUACAACGGAGGUGUUACAAACGCAAACGCAAACGGAGACGGCCGUUCCGCCGCCGGCGCGGAUCGGCGAACGCGUGCAGCAACCCACGGGAACCGGUCAGGAGAUUUUGCUCCAAGGGUUCAACUGGGAGUCGUGCCGCGUCGACGGCGGCAGGGCGUGGUACCAGCGCGUCACGACGCUCGCGCCCAAGCUGAAAGAGAUGGGGAUAACCGUGAUCUGGCUCCCGCCACCCACCAACUCGGUCAGCCAAGAAGGGUACAUGCCGAGCGAUCUGUACGACCUCGACUCGUGGUACGGAAGCAAAGAAGAGCUCAAACGGUGCAUCGACGCGUUGCACGAGAACGGCAUCAAAGCCCUCGGCGACGCGGUGCUCAACCACCGCUGCGCGCAGUUCCAAGGCCCGGACGGUCUGUGGAACAGGUACGGCGGGAAGCUCGACUGGGACGCGCGCGCCAUCGUCAAGGACGACCCGCAUUUCGGCGGGCAAGGCAAUCACAGCAGCGGCGACUUUUUCCACGCCGCGCCCAACGUCGACCACUCGCAGGAUUUCGUCAAGCGCGACAUCUGCACGUGGAUGCAGUGGAUGCAAGCGGAGGUUGGGUACGACGGCUGGCGCCUCGACUACGUCCGCGGGUUCAGCGGGAAGCACGUCGCGGAUUACAUGAAGGCGACGGACGUCCACUUCGCCGUGGGGGAGUUUUGGGACACUCUCGCGUACAACUACGACGAGCCGGCGUAUAACCAGGACGACCACCGGCAGCGCAUCGUGUCGUGGAUGGACGACGCGGACGCCACCGCGGGGGCGUUCGACGUCACCACGAAGGGCAUCCUUCACGCGGUGUUCGAGCGGCAGGAGUACUGGCGCCUCGCGGACACGGAAGGGAAGCCGCCGGGCGUCGUCGGCCGCUGGCCGAGCCGCGCGGUUACGUUCAUCGAGAACCACGACACGGGGAGCACGCAGGGGCACUGGAGGUUCCCCGAGGGGUUCGAGAUGCAAGGAUACGCGUACAUCAUGACGCACCCGGGGACGCCGACGAUCUUCUGGGACCAUCUGUUCGAGUGGCCGGAGCUGAAGCAGCCGCUGUUGGACCUCAUCAAGUUGAGGAAGGAGGUUGGGAUCAAGUGCCGGUCUGGGGUGAAGAUUUUGUGCGCGGAGCAGGCGGUGUACGCGGCGGAGAUUUUCGACGAGGGCGAAAACGGGGAGCCGCUGCUCAUCAUGAAGAUCGGGCCGAACGACUGGGCGCCGGAGGAUCAGACGAUGUGGGAGUACGCGAUGCACGGCGACCAGUGGUGCGUCUGGCGGAGGCGGCGAUCGUAGGAGGGUAAGGAAACGGAAAUGGAAACGGAUGGAGGGAGACGGCGCGAUUCAGAGAGUUAAAACCGGGGGGCGACGCGGUGCAUCGAACGCUUUUGAACGAUGAACGCGUCUCUUCUCGGGGAGGACCUCGCGCGCUGUUGUACGAUCAGAUCACGGGAAGGGAUACGUGCGCGCGUUUGGUGUUGUCAUAUCAAACGAACGACCUAAUACUACACGU